AUGCCAGCUUCAACGAAAACUUCCAUCCCGGACUCGCCCAACGCCGGUAUUAGAGUCAUGAUCGUGGGUGAUUCCAUGUCCCAGGGCCAUGAGGGUGACUGGACCUGGCGAUAUCGCAUCUGGCAGUGGUUUCGCGACCAGAAAGUCGCCGUCACCUUCGUCGGGCCCUAUACAGGCACUGUCCAGCCUGAUGCCCCCAAACCACCAGCACCGCCUCCUCUGUACGGCUCCCCGAAGCCCACCCAUGGAGUCAAAGAAGAUGGCGGUUAUGCAUAUGGCGUCUCGUCGGACUUUGAUAGUCACCACUUCGCUGCUUGGGGACGAACCGCUGCCACUGACAAGGGCCUGAUCAAGGACGUCCUGACCUCCUACCCGGCUGAUCUGAUGCUGCUGAUGCUCGGCUUUAACGAUAUGGGUUGGUGCCGCAGUGACGCCCCAGGGACCCUUCGCAGCAUCAAAACGCUGGUCUUCAACGCGCGUAGCGUUAAUCCUCGUCUCAAAUUUGCCAUUGCCAACGUCCCUCAGCGUGAGUUUAUUGGUGGCCGCGAAGACUUGCCUCUCAAUACGAAGAUAUACAAUAAUCUACUACAAAAAACUAUACCUGGAUGGAGUACGCCCAGCUCGCCCAUUCACCUUGUCGAGCUAUGUGGGAACUACGGCUGCGGGCCCGACGAGUGUCCCGCGGGUUACGAUGGCCUCCAUCCUAAUGCCAUGGGCGAGUACCAAAUUGCACGCGCGUUCUCACUUACCCUCGUCAACGACUUCAAGAUCGGCUCUUCGCCGCUGGUGGUUCCUGAUGAUAUCCCUGCUCGACAGUUGCCGCUCCCGGGAAAUUUCAAAGUCGUCUCUAGCCCCGGAGGUGUCACUGCUACUUGGGAUGCUGUAUACGGUGCGUGUAGUUACGAUGUCAGGUCUAGGAUAGCUGGAAUCACAGCGUUUCAGACUGGUAGUGUCUCGUCUAACCGGUGGGAUGCCCACUGGACCCAGAAAGGUUGGGUCUACGAAGUUCAAGUUCGUGCUAGUGCUGGCAAUGCCCUAAAAGGCGAGUGGACAGCCAUACAGUCGGCUAAAUCAACUCCCCAAACACCUCCCGGUCCCGAGAAUGUGGUCGUUCACGCCACACCUACCGGAUUCGAUAUCUUAUGGGACCCUCCUGCUGGUGGCUCCUAUGUCACUGAAUAUGAGGUUCUGUACUGGGACCAAGAUAGCGAUUUCGCGUUUAUAACCAGUGCAGGCUUCAAGGAGUCACCAGCUCACGUCGGCAAGCUUACCCCCGGACACCACUACCACGUUGCGGUCGUCUCCUGGAACGCCGCUGGCGGAGGAUUCCCUAAGAUAGUAAACAGUGUUACCAUCGGUAAAGGCACUCCUCCAACCCCUACGGACCUGAAAAUUAUUGCCAAAGAUGCCACUACAGCCCACCUUUCUUGGACUGGUUCUCCCAUUGCAGCUGGUUAUAGACUCUGGUUCCGCAAUGUGAACGCAGCCGGAAGUGAGCUCCAAGAGGUCAAUGGCCCUGAAACAAGACUUUGCAGUGACCAGUAUUUCCUUAUGCCGGGUGUCUGGAACUUUGAGUGGUGUAUCAGCGCCUUCAAUGGUAAUGAUGAGUCCGCUAAGUGCCAACCUGUGCUUGGCCCACGGCCAUCUGACCCUGAUGAAACACCAGCCAACUCUUGUUCCCAGCCUGGAACAAAUCCCAAUCUCCCUCAUCACCUAGAGGGCGAUGCAAAUUUAAGUGGCGAAAGCCCGGUGACCAUGCGUGCACCCGAGUCUGCUGAUACUAGCACACCCUUUCACAAUGGCAGCGACUGCCAGGAGGAACGCUAUUGGGAAAUCCUCCGUGCGGUCCCCAAUGCAUAG